AUGGAAUCAUCUGCAGAACUUUUAUAUCUCUCGGAUAAUUUCGAUGAGGAUAAUGUUUUUGGAUUUGACAAUAAACGUGAAGUUUCCGAAGCGGUGCAAUGGCUCUUUUUCUGGCAAGCAUCAGGCCAACCAAAUCAAGGACAGAACAAUCAUUUCCGUAAAUCCGCACCUGAAAAGAUUCCCUACGCCAUUUCACGUUUCAAAACGGAGACACUCCGCAUCUACAAGGUACUCGAGCUUCGUCUCUCAGGACACUACACAGUCAUUCCACGUCAGUACCUCGCAGGAGCAGGAAAAGGCAAAUACAGCAUUGCUGAUAUUGGAACGUGGCCGUGGGUCCGAUCAUGGAAGCAUGCAGGAUUCACCGAUGAGGAGAUGGCGGGUUUCCCAUAUUUGCUACAGUGGAUUGCUCGUAUUGCUGAUAGACCGGCGGUUCAGAGAGGGAUCUCGGAUUUCUAUAAUAGUGAGGAGAAUUCGGCUUUGCGGGUAUCGACGAGAGGGUAG